CUUUUCACCGUCGAUUUUCUCGUGCGCGCGCGACGAGUCGACGGUGGAGGAUGCACCGACGUGCAUAGACACGGUGCAUUCGUGCGCCGUGUGUGUGAAGUUGCGAAGGUCAGUGGCGCAGGCGUGAUGACAGAAGUCGAUAGAUGUUGACGCGGCGCUCAGCUGCGCAUAACCUCGAGGAUCCGAGUCGUUCGCGGCGACGACGACGACGUGGACGACGUGGACGACGACGUGACGUAACGUGACGUCGCGGCGUUACGUGACGGGCCGCCGUCACGUGCGGGACGAGCCGUGAAACAGCGGGGCCGGCAGAGAUCUCUCCCGUCCGCAGGACGAGGGUGAAGGUAUAUGGACUGUCAAGGAAGGAGGCUGCUCGUUCGUACGAAAGAUGGGUCAUGGAUCGAGUCGUUCCGCUUCGUCAGUGAAUAUCCUUUCUGCAGAGGAGUUGACACUAGUAGAGAACCUGUUUAAGUCCAUGUCCCGGAGCUCGGGUUCCAUCAAACGCGAGGACAUAUUCAAGCACUGGUCGAGCCACCUGGACGAUGUGCUGCUUCAAUUUGUGGUACGGUUCCUCUGCCACGAACCUGGCAAAAAGGUUUCUGCCGUCAACGGCGAAAACUUCGGCAGACUCUACGUUUUCGCCGUACGUGGCAACCCUGAAGAACGCACCAAUCUGAUCUUCGACGGUUUCUCGGAGGAGGAGCAAAAGUACGAGAUGCCCACCACUACGUUCCUUCAGUACAUUCAAGCAACGAUCAACUCUUACUUGCGACUGCAAAAGAACUCGGGUAACACGCAUCAUCUGACCUGGAGCAGCAUCGGCUGCACCGUCAACACCAGACGUAUAGGGAUGCGUUCGCGCUGUCUCUGCGAGGAUCUCGUGAAAUACGGGGACGUGUUGACCGUCGAUCAGGUGGAGAAUUGGUUUGUGAGCGCGGCCACGUUCAAGAAUAUUCAGUCGCACGUUUUUCAAUACCUCUAUCUAAUCUCUCAGAAGAAAGGUAGCGAUAAGAACACGAACGCGCGGAUAAACGACCUGAAUCUUCUGCCGCUUUGCAAGGGUUUGGAGAACAUUCCGCACUUUCCAAGUAUCCUAGGCUUAGGAGACGUUCUGUUCCUGAAUCUGAGCUUGCCGCACGAGCUCCGCAACGAAUGGCGAUUUUUGUUCUCGAGCCAGGUGCACGGUGAGUCGUUCUCCACAAUGCUGGGCAGGAUCGUGAUGCAGGGCGCAACGAUAAUCAUACUCCAGGACGCGGACGACCACGUGUUCGGCGGUUUCGCCUCCGACAGCUGGAGGCUGGGACCGAACUUCAUCGGGAACCAAACGUCAUUCCUGUUCAAGCUCGACCCGGAAAUACUGACGUUCUCGUCGACGAAUUACAACAAUCACUAUCAGUAUCUCAAUCUCCAUCAGCAAACGAUGCCCAACGGCCUGCUCAUGGGGGGGCAGCUCAACUAUCCCGGCCUCUGGUUGGACUGCGAAUACGGUACCGGCAGAUCGAGCUUGUCGUGCACCACCUUCCAGAAUUAUGUACAACUUAGCGGUAAGGAAGAUUUUAAAAUCAAACACUGCGAGGUGUGGGGCGUCGGCCCGAUGCCGGACGUCGAAGAGGACGUGCGCGAGGCGAAAUCGGUGCUGGAUCAAGACCCGACGUCGAAAGUCAUGCUAGAACUGUCCGGUCAUAAGUUACAUAGCGAGGGGUUGCGUGAAUUACAAGAGUAAUUGUGAUACAAAAUUUAGGAGAUUUUUAUGGAAGCCCGAGAGCGGGACGAAAGAGAGAAACGCCAAUGUUGUAAAGAUAUUACAGAUAUUUAAGAUUGUUCGAACUUGAUUUAAUUCGAAUAAAAUAUAUGUAAAAUUUGUUAUUGAUUCUUGACAAUUGUAACGGGAUAUUUACGGGUAUGAGAGAAAUAUGUAUAAAAUCUUAAUAGAGUUUACAACAAUAACUGGUUAUAGAGUAUAAAAGAAAGAAAGAAAGAGAGAAUGCUCCCGUCCCAAGUGGCAAGCUGACGUCAUGAAACGUCAAAAUGACGUACGCUUGCUAUUUGGAAUUUUACACAAUCUUUCAAGUGAGAUGAAAUUCGUGUGAUAACGCUGCGAGAGGCAAUUAAUAAAGAGCACAUUAAAUGUGAAAAAACGAAUUAACAUUACGAAAAUCACCGCGAAGUUCCGUCUGUCUGUCUGUAUGUAUGUAUAUAUGCGCGAAUGCGACAUCUUCAUGUACAUUUUUUACAGACUUAUGUAUAUGUGUACGAGAUUAUUUAUUUGUAUAAUUCUUUAUCUAACUCUACAUUAUACAUAUGUAUAUAUUAGGACUUUUGUCCCUUUUUAAUAACGGCCUGAUAUGUCUCUCGAGUUGUCUCUCUUUUGGUCGUUCGAUUUAUUACUUAUUGUGCAAUUUUAUCACAUAUCGUCUCUAUGUACCUUUUUUUAUUACACUAUGAUAUUAAAGAAUAUCAUCAUGCCAAUCGUUGCGUGGCCUGAAUGCCUAUUGUAUAGUGCCUGACGAGUCGUUAUGAUUGUUAAUUUGAUCGUUUUCUCUGCGUAUGUUGAUUAUUCGUAAACGAAUAACCGUGUGCCAUGCAAAUUGCUCUUGUUAACUAAGACUGUAUAAUCCUGUCGUCAUGUAUAAGGAACAUAAAAAAUGCAAUCACACCGAUUGUUUACCAGCUGUAAGCUGGUCGUCGAAGGACAUCACAUCAGCAUUACUGUAUAGGUUCUAUUCAAACUUCAAUAAACAAUCAAACUCGA